GGAAAUAAUGCAGUCUCUAAAAAUCAUUAUGGAUCAACUACGUCGAAUGGAAGAACGACAAAUUUCUAUAGAAAAUAAAACCGAUGAAAAUGCAAAAACUAUAAAAAGAUUAUUAAAAGAAUCUACAAUGAAGAGACCAACAAAGCCACAGGAGGUCUCAUUUAAAACUGUGGAUGAUUUCUUGGCCUUCGAAGAAGUUGAUGAAGAAAUUUAUAAUGAUUUGGUGGGAUACUUCAUUUAUCUUGGACGAGCCAAUCCAAUAGAUUGCGCCGCGGAAUAUUUUCGCAGCGUAUUUCCAGAAGACGAGGAGGUUUCAUCACACCUCACUCUAAAUGGAAAAAGUGGACAACGAGGGGGCUGUAAAUUGCGGGACAGUCGCUUCGCUCAGGCAUGUCAAGAUGCCAUGAACUCAAACAAAUAUUUUAUUAAUCCCAACAACGUCGAAUUUUAUGACGCCCUGGAAAAGGCUUUAAAAAGUCUUAAAACCAGAAAAUGGCGUUACAAUAAGAAACGACGCCAAGAAAAUGAGGAGGACGUCCCACCAAAUCGACGCCGCCGAAUAGACAACGAAGAUGAGAAAACUACAGAAUUUGAAGAUAUCGUGGAGACUGAGCAGGAGAUCGAUGAUGACGAAAACUUAGAGAACGAUUCACUUGGUGGCAACGAUGAACUAACAGAGACUCAACACACGGAGGAAACUGAGGAGAUUGAAGAUACGGAGGACGCUCUCUGGUAA